AUGAGGAUUGAACGUUAUUUAAAGAGAGUUUUGAUGGUAGAGAGAGCAUUUAGGGACAAACGUGGAGAUGAUUUCAUUUCGAGAAGGAAAGUUAAGAUAUGGGUGCUAAUUACCCACGAACACCGUAUGAUCAAAGGGGCACAGAAUACCACACAUGCCCCUCAUGUACUUGAGUGA